AUGGCAAUGAACCCAGAGGCCAUCGAGCUCUCGGAAGCUCCACAGUCUGGGGCGAAUUCCAUGAAGCUUCAGCAGGCUCUAGUGAACAGAGUCAGCGGCACUAGCAUCCUGCAGAGCCAUGAAGCUAAGCCUGAAGCUGAGUCCGAGCCCGAUGAGACCCUCUAUCCCCAUGGGAUGCAAUUCGUCCUCAUCUCCAUGUCCCUUUGUUUCUGUGUCUUCCUGGUUGGUCUAGAUGCCACGAUUUUGACCACUGCCGUCCCGCGAAUAACCGAUGAGUUCGGGUCGGUGGCUGAUGUUGGUUGGUAUGAUGCUGCUUUCCGACUCACCUCCUGCAUGUCUCAGCUCUCCCAGGGAAAGUUGUAUGACAACUAUCCGGUCAAAUGGGUCUUUCUCGUCAACCUCCUGCUGUUCGAGGGCGGCAUCCUUCUCUCGGGACUGGCCCCGAGUUCAAUGAUCUUCAUCAUUGGAAGAGCUAUAACCGGCUUAGGAUUUUCGGGGAUCAGCCAAGGGUGCAUGGUCAUCAUUGCAAUUUCCACGCCGCUACGAAGGCGACCGACCUUCGUCGGCCUAAUCAGCGCCAGCGAAUACACUGCCAUCGCGAUAGCACCUAUUCUGGGAGGUAUACUCACAUCUGACCUAUCCUGGAGAUGGUGUUUCUACAUCAACGUGCCUGCAGCAGCCCUACCAUCCGCCGUGCUUCUCCUUCUUAAGCUUCCCAACAUUACCCCCAGGGGCUCGAAAACACACAUUCAGAAACUCCGCGAGCUGGACCUACUCGGAUUCUUCCUCUUCGCACCCGCAGUGCUAUGCCUCCUCCUCGCGCUCCAAUGGGGCGGUGAUACCUACAGCUGGACCAACGGACGGAUCAUCGCCCUUCUCGUCCUCUCGCCCAUCAUCUUCACGGGUUUCUGUCUCCUCCAGCACCGCAAACAAGAUACCGCCAUGCUCCCACCCCGCGUCCUCCGUAAACGCAUCAUAAUCACCGGCGCGGCCUUCAGCCUGUGUCUCUCGGCCUGCCGCGCCAUCGUCCAGUACUACCUCUCAAUCUGGUUCCAAACCGUCCGCAACGCCACCCCCCUCCAAAGCGGCCUCAACACCCUCCCCCUAGUCAUCUCCGUCCUCGUCAGCGCCAUCACUGGCGGAUGGCUCAUCUCCCGCACACGCACCUACACCCCGAUCCUCCUUCCUGCCUCCCUCCUCGUUAUCGCCGGCAUCGCUCUCAUGACAACCUUCACCCCCACCACGCCCGCCAAGCUCUGGAUCCCAUCUCUUAUCCUCCUAGGCCUCGGAUCCGGCAGCGCCGUCGGUGUACCCUUCAUCGCCGUGCAGGCCAUUCUCCCCAUGAAGGACAUUUCCAUAGGCAUGGCACUGAUGACUUUCUCGCAGGACAUCGGAGAAGCGGUGUUCAUCAGUGUGGCGCAGGCGAUUUUCUUGAACCGGUUGACGGGGGAUUUAGCGAAGAGUGUGCCCGGACUGGAUCCGGUAAUGGUGACCCAUUUGGGCGCCACAAGUUUGGAGGUGUCUGCUGCGGCUGCGCAAUUGGGAAUUAUUGCACCGACAUGA